GUGGGGAGAAGGAGGAAGGCGCUGACGGGCAGUGAUGGCGGCGGGUGAUGGGGACGUGAAGCUAGGCACCCUGGGGAGUGGCAGCGAGAGCAGCAGCAACGGCGGCAGCGAGAGCCCGGGCGGCGCAGGAGCAGAAGGGGGUGGCUGGGCGGCAGCGGCGUUGGCGCUUCUGACGGGGGGCGGGGAGAUGCUGCUGAACGUGGCGCUGGUGGCGCUGGUGCUUCUGGGGGCCUACCGGCUGUGGGUGCGCUGGGGGCGGCGGGGUAUUGGGGCCAGGGCCGGGACGGGCGAGGAGAGCCCCGCCGCCUCUCUGCCUCGUAUGAAGAAGCGGGACUUCAGCUUGGAGCAGCUGCGCCAGUACGACGGGUCCCGCACCCCGCGCAUCCUACUCGCGGUCAAUGGGAAAGUCUUCGACGUGACCAAAGGCAGCAAGUUCUACGGCCCGGCUGGUCCAUAUGGAAUAUUUGCUGGAAGGGAUGCCUCCAGAGGACUAGCAACAUUUUGCCUAGAUAAAGAUGCACUUAAAGAGGAAUAUGAUGAUCUCUCAGAUUUGAAUGCUGUACAAAUGGAGAGUGUGCGAGAAUGGGAAAUGCAAUUUAAAGAAAAAUAUGAUUAUGUAGGCAGACUCCUAAAACCAGGGGAAGAACCAUCAGAAUAUACAGAUGAAGAGGAUACCAAGGAUCACAAUAAACAGGAUUGAACUUUGUAAACAACCAAAGUCAGGGGCCUUCAGAACUGCAACUCUUACUCUUUCACAGAAUGUCCAGCGUCCUUGGGUUGGUUCACCUGCUGCAAAAAACAUUCAACAGAUUGUGUACAAGCUAAAUGAGUCUCCGGUGAAGAUUUGAAUACUAGACCUUAUUUCUGCUGCCACACUCCCUUGUUGCAGUUGUUUUUAAUGUCUGGUGGGGCUUCAUCAUCCUAAAAAGGAGACAGGGAUUUUUUAAAGAGCAAGAAAGUCAUGAGGUUACUCUUUCUUUUCUUUUUUUUAAAUCAGCGACAACCAGAUAUGUGUUUGCUACUUAAGUGUACAAAUCUCCUCAAAAAAACCAGCAAGGGACUGCUGUUCCAUGUGCUGUGUUUCUGUUUUAACAUUGAGGGCAAGAGGAGGCCUGGGCAGGAGAGGUGGGAGCACACAUCCAUUGGAGUAGUUUAGGCUACUGAAACAUGACAAUGUGAAUUCCCAGACUUUCUUUUUGCAUUUUGUUAGGGAAAAGGAAAAAACCUUUGUUUCUAAAUCUUUGGAAAUUCGAAGGGGUUUCAAGUGGAUUUAAGUGAAAGCUAUUCCCCAACAGUAAGAACAUUUAAAACUAGUUUUAUUCCUUCCCUGCCCCUACAUCAAAUCAAUAUUAAUUGUGCCUUAUUUCACUUAUAUAGACUUGAAUUAUUUUUAGGGAAAGCCCCUAUGUGAAUUCAGAAGUCACUACAAGCAGCAUUAAGACUGAAAUUGAAAUAUUCUGUUGACUGCAAAACCUUGAUGUCAUUCUGUGUAUAUAGAAUGUAAAAGGAAUAUUCAGUGUUACUGCCAUAUAUGUUAAUAUACACAAACUUAAUUAGCAUUGUAAUGGCCAAAUGCAUUCCCCCCAUGCUUUUGUCUUUUCAAAAGAAAAUUGAAAAACAAAUCAACACCUCUGUCCCCCAACAGCUGCCUCAGUUUAGGAAUCUGACUCACGUCUCACUGGUGUGGGUUCAUGGGGCUGUAGUAUGGGUGUUGUAUGGGUGUGUCUGACUGUGUGUGAGAGCGCCUUGGAAGGGACUUGCAGAUACUGUAAAUACCAGUACCGUUUUAAUAAAGCAUGUACAAUAAACCAAA